CGUCAGACGUAAGAGUUCUAGCUUUCCGUGACUUACUAGCAGUCGUAUUGACCGAAUGCGUUUUUAUUUCAAGAAUUACGGUAAGUGCUUUGACGCUGUAUAAAACAGGAACUGGCCCGUCCAUGUGUUCGUGUUACUUUCUACACGUGAUCGUUUUGACUAGGGAUAUUAAGCCACUCAGAUGCUGAACAGUUUCAGGCACACAUCAUGAUAACGCCAGCAUUUGAGCUGAGUCAAGACUCCGACUUCCUGACGCUGGUGAUCCGCGUUCCUUACACGAGAACAUCUGAGUUUGACAUCUACGUCGAUGGAGAGGACUUCAAGUUCUAUGCUAAGCCCUAUUUUCUCAGGUUGACUCUGCCUGGAAGGAUAGUCCAAGAUGGUAGAGAAAAGGCUUCGUUUGAUAUUGAGAAAGGUCUCUUUACAAUGUGCAUUCCUAAGGAGACAGCAGGACAGCACUUCGAGGGACUACAAAUGCUGACUAGUCUCUUAGCCCCCAAAGGCUCCAGGUCUGCACAACCUCUGGUUGAAGAGCUCGGAGCAUGUGGUACGAGUGAGGCAUGUCAGGAAGAUAAAGAUGAAGAAGAGGAUUUUGAUUGGCAGCUGGAACAGCAGCCGUACAUUGAGUCAUCAGAGGAAGACUUGAAAAAGCUGCAGAAAUAUGGCUUCGGAAACCUCAGGACCGGGGUUUUCUUUCGACUUCAGGAGGAGCUGUCAGAAGUGAUUGAUGUGGAAGACCCAGAAAACUCUACCCCUGCCAAGAGAAGAUCUGAUCGCUUGGACACAGAGACCACCAUAUUCUGUGCAGAUCAUUAUCUGUGUGAUCUAUACGAAGGUGAAGAAAUGAGGCAAGUUCAUUUGGAUUUUAAGCCGUGGUGGACUGAGCCGAAGCCAGACUCUGAUGCUGAAUCUACUUUCACCGAUGGAGAAAAAGAACAACUGAGAAAGUUCAAAAAUCGUUCCUAUGUGCUGGAUAAGGCAACUAGAUACCAUGUCUGGCUUGGUCUAGUGGAUAUCAUUCUGGCCUACGUCUACGAUGUGCGCACUACAGAAGGAGAACACAACGUGGAGUCAGCAUGGACCAUCAGAAAAAUCAGUGGGACUCUGAGCUGGCUGGAGACGUAUCACUCUCUACCCGAGGUUCUUGUAUCAUUUGGCCGCAGAGUGCUGUGUUACCCGCUGUACCGCCACUUUUCUCUGAUCACCAGGGCGAUCCAGGACGCCGCUCACAUUUUCCAGAGUGGUAAGGCCUUUGUCCUGAAAUGCCUGCUAACCAUCCACAAGAUCUUCAGAUCCAAUGAGCCGGCCUACAUCCUCAAUGACCUGUACAUCACAGACUACUGCAUUUGGAUCCAGCGGGUUAAGUCCAAGCACAUGGUGGCUCUGGCUGAGGCUUUAAACAAAGCUGAGCUGCAUAAGAAUGACCUGGACCUUGAGCUGCAGAUUCUGGAGGAAGCUGCUGAGCUGGUGGUGGAGGAGGAACGUGAGGAGGGAAUAAAGAAAGGGCAGCAGGAGCAAACGAAUCAAUGCGAAGACGAGGCUGAGUCUAGCAGCAGCAGUGAAGAAGACGAGAAAUACUCUAGUAGUGAGGAUCAUGACCGCAAGAGCGAAGAGGAGGAGGAGCAAAUAGGAGUACCAGAUGGACUAGCAAUGACUUGCCCCUGUUCUCAGGAGCUUAAGCAUGGAGAGAGUCUUAUCCGGGAGCUGGGAGAGAGGCUGGAGGAGGAGCUGUGGAUCAGAAAAGACGUGCCUCAAAUAACCGCUCACUCCAGCAGCACAGUGAGGGAGGAAAAGGGAGAGGUGGAGAGAUUGGGAAAGACCGACGACUCCCAGUUCCCUGAAGCUCAGGAUGGAAUUAAAAUCGCAAAAGCAGCAAGUGACACGGAUCUGGUAGAGCACCGGCAUUGUAACGUACGCAUCUUGAAUACUGAGGAACUAGACAGUGACGAUGAGGACGAGAGCCAGCCGAUUCAGUGAGUGCUCACAGGGAUCUACGAAGAUAAAAUGGACUGUUUGUUUUUCUUUCACAAUUUUUUUUUUAAUACCUGAAUUGAAACACUUAAAAUAAAGUUAAAUUAAAGUAGUACUGAA